AGUGGAGGAGACAAGUCAUAAUACAGAAUUUUCAGUCAUUUGUUUCUCAUCUCUAUAGUUUCUUUCUUCUCUGUCACUUAUCAUCACUUAUGGCUAAUGAUAAUUCAGCAAGAGUUGAAACUAAUGAUAUUGAAAACAAUGAUACUGUUUUAGAUGUAAACAAAGAUUCUUCCCAAGAAUCUCAAGACUCCUAUGUUCCUUUCUUGCAAAAGUUAAUAGCAGAGGUUGUUGGAACAUAUUUCUUGAUAUUUGCGGGAUGUGCUUCGAUUAUAGUGAACAAAAACCAUGACAACGUUGUUACACUUCCUGGGAUUGCGAUUGUUUGGGGACUCACUUUGUUGGUGUUGAUUUAUUCUCUUGGUCAUAUAUCUGGAGCUCAUUUCAAUCCUGCUGUUACCAUUGCUUUUGCUACUACAAGGAGGUUUCCACUGAUACAGGUACCAGCUUAUAUACUGGCUCAACUCCUGGGGGGUACACUAGCAAGUGGGACUCUAAAACUAAUAUUCAGUGGCACACAUGAUCAGUUUUCAGGAACACUUGCAACUGGCUCUAACUUUCAAGCUUUUGUCCUUGAAUUUAUUGUCACAUUUCACCUUAUGUUUACCAUUUCCGCGGUUGCAACCGAUAAUAGAGCGAUUGGUGAGUUGGCUGGAAUUGCAGUUGGAUCUACAUUAUUGCUUAAUGUGUUGAUUGCUGGGCCGAUAACAGGAGCAUCAAUGAAUCCGGUUAGAAGUCUAGGACCUGCUUUUGUACACAACGAAUACAGAGGAAUAUGGAUAUUUAUAAUUUCGCCGAUUUUGGGAGCGAUUGCAGGAGCAUGGGUUUACAACCUUGUUAGGCACACUAACAAGCCAUUGCGUGAGAUCACCAAGAGUGCAUCCUUCCUCAAAGAAGCAAAGCGUGGGGGAAAUAAAUGAUUUCAGCCGUUGGAAAAAUUUGCCAUAAAGUAUCAUGCAGAGAAUCAAUAAUGUUUUUACCUGUGAAAAUGUCUUUGUUAGAUAAAAAUGAGAAAAUAAAAAAGUUGUUUGUGUAAUAGUGUGACAAAAGUACUAUGGAUCAUGAUCUUGUUCAAUAUUAAAAAGAGUUGCAUCACUGUUUUGCAAAUCCUAA